UUUCCGACAGUGUGACUCGCGAAGCCUAACUGCUGUGAAUAAGCCGUUUUGGUUUCCUGUUUUAAGUUCUAAAAACUAAUAUUUAGAUCAUUCAAACCAAUUAUCGCCAUACAUAACUGUAUCGAUAACCGAUAUAUUGCAAAUAUCAGUCGAAAUACGUGUUCUACCAGCUUCAGUUCAGUUCUGAAGUUGCAACUCGACGCCAGCGAAGUGUUAGCUCGAACGGCUCUGAAAAGUUUGUUGUUGUCACGUGACGUGAAACGAAUGUGGCGAUAAAGUUUUUGUUUCUUUAUUAAAACGACCAUAGCUACAACAUUUUAACAUUAUCUAUUGAAGUUACUAUUUUAAAACAAUGCCUCAACCAAAAUACAGGAAGAUAGCUGUGAUUGGGUACAGAUCUGUCGGAAAGUCAUCUCUCACAAUACAGUUCGUGGAAGGACAGUUCGUAGAUUCAUAUGACCCUACCAUUGAAAACACCUUCAACAAAACGGUGUCUGUCAACGGUCAAGACUUCAAUCUUCAGUUGGUCGAUACUGCUGGUCAGGACGAGUACUCUAUUUUCCCUCAGUCUCAUUCAAUGGACAUCCACGGUUAUGUCUUGGUCUAUGCAGUAACAUCCAUGAAAAGUUUUGAAGUUGUUCAGGUUCUUCAUGACAAGCUACUAGAUAUGGUUGGGAAAAUACAGGUGCCAACUGUUCUUGUUGGAAAUAAAAAAGAUCUCCACAUGGAAAGGGUGAUCAAGCCAGAGGAAGGGAAGAAGCUGGCCCACUCAUGGGGAGCAGCAUUCAUGGAAUCUUCUGCCAAGGAAAACGAGACCGCUGUAGAGGUAUUCAAGCGGAUCAUUCUGGAGAUGGAAAGGGCGGAUGGGAACGUUCCCUCAGAGGAGAAAAAGUGUGCCGUGAUGUAAGAGGGACAGCAGUAAGCUCAUUGGCCGAAGCCAGGAGACACAACAUCACCAGCCUGCCAAUCAUGACCUCCCUAGCACCAAGGAGCCGCAGUCGCAAUGUGGCCACUUAUAAUUCAUGUGUUUUACACAAAGGCAGCCAAUCACACUCAAGGCUGACUAAGGAGAACUCUGACGUGUCACACGAGUUUCACUGUCAGUUUUACUGAAGUCUAUUAAGUUUGGUUGGCAUAAACCAAACCUCAUGAAAAACAAAACAUGGAAAUACCAAAUGUAAGAGCCACAAGCCCAAACUUCACAACAAAAAACAGCUCCCUGAUAAUUACAAUCAAAUAGUUAGCCGUGCAUCAACAGAUGCAGCGGUGACUGGCUAGUGUCCCCAACUCUCACUGGCUAGCUUCACCUUGUACAUAAUAAGGGCUGACCUUGAUGCCUAAAAAACAUGCCUGACUUCUUUUCUCAGGUCAUCUGUAUACUUCAAUGAAUACACCGGCCAUGGCAGAGAGCCACUGUUCACAUUGCUGUUGUAGCAGCGUUGGAAAGUUACUAUAAUUCACAACUGAUUAAUGUCUUGGUUACAGUAUCUUGGAAUUAGUUCUCUUUCACACAAUAUGUGUGUUGCAGAAGUACAUUUCCUAUAGUAUUGGUCUUGGCUAACAUUUUUUCACUGUAAAACUUUCAGCAAGUCAACUUCAGGUUACACUUCACCCUUGAACUGUAAAUAAUGUAUUUUAGAAUACAUUUUUGUUCUUCACUUCUGGUUGGCAGAUUGGUCCUCGCUCCCUUCCUCUAUGAUUUACCAUCUGACAUUAAUAAUGAAGCUGUAAUUAUCCAGUGGACGAGGCCCCCUUGAAUGAUGUUUAGAAGAGAGUGGAAUGGAUCUGUUAUAUUAAAAAAGUUGUGGCCUUUUGAUCCCAUAGCACUAGGAUCCUAGACACAGGUUUGAUAGUGUUGUUAGUUAUAUCCUGAGAUAAUACAAGUGUGUUCAUUUAGCAGCAUAUUGAACAAAAUGUCAGCAUACAAUUAUACUAUAAUGAAGAAUAUUAUGGAGUUGCUGUUUUUGCAUUCACUGAUAAUUUCUUACCACUGUGGACUGUUAACCUUUUCAUGGGGACCACAGGAUCUGCUGGUUUAGUUUGAGUUUUGGGGUUUUGAUUCCAGAAGUGAUGUAGGGCUUGGUCAAGCCAAGCAAGGAUGCCUUAUGACACAUGACUUAUGAAUUUAGUUUUGAGUCAGGGACUCCCAUCGGACACAGUGCUCAACAUAACCUGAUUUGCAUGUCCACUUUAGCCUUACAAACAAAAGAUCAAUUUGAAGUCCAAUGGUUUUUACUCACAUUACUUCCAUUUAUCCAGACAGUCCACCCCCUAGUAUCUAUUAUUGUUUAGAUUUUUUUUUUUUUAUAGUGCUUCUCUUUGAGUAAGUAGUAGAUUGAUUGAUUGAUAGGUGAUUGAUGAUGCAGUCUAAGGCUGCGUUUACACAGGCAGCCCAAUUAUAAACUUUUUUUUCCACUACUUGGUCCUCUGACCAAUCAAGAUCUGUGCUGAAAAAUAUCUGAUGUGAUUGGUCAAAAGAUCAGAAUUGGGCUGCCUGUGUAAACUCAGCCUAAGAGAAGCUGGUGAUGCUGUGUCUUGUGCCUUACCCUUCAAUCCCCCGCUUUAUUCCCCCCACCUGUUUCCCUACCUGACUCAAGGUCCUCUAGGUUUUUCCCCCUUCUCUGUUGACUUGACCCAAUGGAGAAAACAAGGUGCACAACACACACCUGAACACCAAUACCCCCACAUUGGUUAGUGUUAACUCAGAAAUCUAGCUGUAAACAGUUUUGUAUAUAUAAAUAAAUCCUUUACUCCUUU